CAACGUUAAAUAUAGCAUGAAGAACAGUUGCUUUUUCUUGUCAUUGCAUACUCUGCAAUUAUAGUAAAAGUGCAGACAUCAGGAAGCAGAGCAAAUCUAGUUUCGUGUUAAGGCUCGGGAGAGACGAAGGUCGAAAGCCAUGCGUCCUCCGAAACACCGUGCGCAUCCAACCCGGAAGCCAGCCGUGUCAGAGAAAACACCAUGCACCUGGCGACCUGGUUGGCGUGCACUGCGCCCGGCCCGCCACAGGAGUCGCUAGUGCGUGAUGAGACAAGGAUAUCCCUACCGGCCAAGCCCUCCCUAACCGGGACAACGCUAGGCCAAUUGUGCGUCGCCCCAUGGACCUCCCGGUCGCGGCCGGCUGCGACAGAGCCUGGGCUCACACAGCUAGCAAUGCGAUGCAGUGCCCUAGACCACUGCGCCACCCGGGAGGCCCCACAUAGUUCUACUUUUACUCAAGUAUGACAAUUGGGUACUAUUUUCACCACCGAUCAUGAGGUACUGUACCUCAGGGGAGCAAUAUCUCGAGACUUCCUUAAUAUUAGACAUUGCACACCAGCUGUUAUUGACAAAUAGACACACACCACCACCCCUCGUCUUACCAGAGGUAGCUGUUCUGUCUUGCCGAUUCUCACAAGGGACUCGAAUCUGCGCUGAUGUUUUAAUUACAGAAUAAUAAUUCACUUUUUCAAUGCUAGUUAAGGAUACUAUAGCUAUCACAUUUUACAUUGGAUUCAUUAACUACAAAAAGCUAAGAAGUGUUUUCAUUUACAUUUUGGUGGUACCAGUGGCGUGUAUUCAUGGAUGCCAAGGGAAGCCAGGAUUCCCCAAAGAAUUUACAACAAAAAAUCAUUUGUAAAAAAUUAAAUAAUAAUAAUUUAUCUUUCAUAAGUGUUAUUCAACAAAUUGAAUGUAUCUCACUGGAGAAAGCAUCCGAGCGAACAAAAAAUGUAUCUAUUUGAUGCUGUCUGGUCAAAAUAGAGUAUUACAUUGUUGCAAGCAUUUGGCCUCCCUUUAUUAAAUAAUAGCCAACCAGCAUUGAGCUAAAGUGAGUGAUCUCAGCUGUGAAUGGUCAUAGUGUGCCAAAAAAAAGUGUCAAAGGAAGCCAGUUUGGUUUUGGCUUCAGAGCAAUCACAUCAGAAACCAAACAUCAUGGAGAUAGGAAUUUUGACCUUUUUUUUUGCGAUUCUGAUCCAACCAUACAUUCAUACAUUGUGCCCUGACCAUACACUAAAAAUAUAAAAAUAUAUAAAUAUACACUGACCUGAGAGGAUGAAAGUUCAACAUGUAGCUAGAUGUAGUAUGCUCAUGUUUACUAGCUGGCCUGGCGCAUUGUUGCUCCUGAAGUUAAGUUAGGCUAGCGAACAAGCAUUUUAGCCAGGUAGCCUAGGACAACAAAAACUGAAACUGUACUGUAUGAGAGAGUCAUAGACUGUUUAGGCAACAUGAAAGAAAAGGACGGCAUUGGCGUUUCUACAACUAGGGUGUGGAUUGUGAAGAUGGAGGGAGAGCAUCCUCAUGAGGAGAAGCAGACUGAAACUGCUUGCUGUGCAUCCCAAUGUCCCAAAGAUGGAGAGGAAAGGCAGGGACAAGGGGCUAUGUUAUGGUCCAUCCAGGAGGCAGUGGAGAGGCAGACCAUGCAGAUAGGAGCGUCCGCUUGUGGGGCAACGGCCGUAGUGGAUGUCCUACAGGCCCUCGGCAUCAUUGUGGCACCCGAGACGGCUGACCGGUGUGUGCGGACGUGCCUGAGGAGGAACGAGGCGCCGCUGCCCGAUUACCUGUUCUCCCGGAGCGAGGCUGGCGCCACACACGCACAGCUGAUAGCUGGGGCGGAGCAGGCCAGUGGUGGGCGCGUGCUGGGUCGCCACUUCCCCCUCCACCCUCGCCGGCGGGUGAGGCUGGUACCCUGGCUGGCACAGUGGAUCCAGAAAGGGGCAGUGCCCGUGGCCACCAUGAACAUGCAGCUGGCAGUGCCAGAGGGAGAGGAGGUUCCCGACGCAUGGCACCACCAACUCAUCUUUGGGGUCGGACCCGACACUGUCUAUAUGACCAACCCCCUGGAUGUGGUGAGUGAGCGGGAGGUGCAUCAGCGACUCUGCAGUGAAUCUGUGUUGCUGAUACGUCGAGAGGAUGUGCUGCUGAGAUUGACAGCUGACGCCCCUCUGUCUAGUCUAUCAGACGACCAGUCUGACCCACGCUGGAAAGCCCUGGAUGUGGAGGGUCAAUUGAGGCAGAUGAUUCGUGAGGAAGACCAUGAUGAUGAAGAUCAGUUUAGGAUGAGCCAUGUCGUGAUCCCCGCAGCGUACAGUUCAGGUGUGACGGUCUUCGCCCUCAGAGACUCAGACCAAGGACAGGAGCUUCUCCACACCCCUGAACUCCCUUUGCUUUGAUAUGGCUGGACAGUGGACACAUCAUUACCAAAAAUCUUGCUCUGAUUGGACAAUGCAUCUUUGACCUUCCCACUAUUGUUACAUGUAUUCGGUGAGGGGAAAUGUUCAGAAACUGGUGAUAGAAAUGUCAUUAAUAGAGCUAACAUGGUUCCUUAUUCUACAGGUAAGAGAGGCUUGUCUGUUCUACAUAUUAUAUUUCUAUCUGAACAUCUAACAAUGUUGCACCCUGCUGAAUGUGCCCCAGGUGUAUUCAGUGAGGUGAAGCACUCAUCAACAAAAAAGAAGCACUCAAAAACUAUAGAAUUGAUAGAGCUGACUCAAUUUCCUAUUCAGACACAACUCAUAAUUCUGAUAUGUCUAUCUACAGUGGGGCAAAAAAGUAUUUAGUCAGCCACCAAUUGUGCAAGUUCUCCCACUUAAAAAAGAUGAGAGAGGCCUGUAAUUUUCAUCAUAUGAUAGACAAAAUUAGAAUAAAAAAAAAAUACAGAAAAUCACAUUGUAAGAUUUUUAAUGAAUUUAUUUGCAAAUUAUGGUGGAAAAUAAGUAUUUGGUCACCUACAAACAAGCCAGAUUUCUGGCUCUCACAGACCUGUAACUUCUUCUUUAAGAGGCUCCUCUGUCCUCCACUCGUUACCUGUAUUAAUGGCACCUGUUUGAACUUGUUAUCAGUAUAAAAGACACCUAACCUCAAACAGUCACACUCCAAACUCUACUAUGGCCAGGACCAAAGAACUGUCAAAGGACACCAGAAACAAAAUUGUAUACCUGCACCAGGCUGGAAAGACUGAAUCUGCAAUAGGUAAGCAGCUUGGUUUGAAGAAAUCAACUGUGGGAGCAAUUAUUAGGAAAUGGAAGACAUACAAGACCACUGAUCAUCUCCCUCGAUCUGGGGCUCCACGCAAGAUCUCACCCCGUGGGGUCAAAAUUAUCACAAGAACGGUGAGCAAAAAUCCCAGAACCACACGGGGGGACCUAGUGAAUGACCUGCAGAGAGCUGGGACCAAAGUAACAAAGCCUACCAUCAGUAACACACUACGCCGUCAGGGACUCAAAUCCUGCAGUGCCAGACGUGUCCCCAUGCUUAAGCCAGUACAUGUCCAGGCCCGUCUGAAGUUUGCUAGAGAGCAUUUGGAUGAUCCAGAAGAAGAUUGGGAGAAUGUCAUAUGGUCUUUGCAUCCAAAGAACACCAUACCUACUGUGAAGCAUGGGGGUGGAAACAUCAUGCUUUGGGGCUGUUUUUCUGCUAAGGGACCAGGACGACUGAUCGGUGUAAAGCAAAGAAUGAAUGGGGCCACGAAUCGUGUGAGAUUUUGAGUGAAAACCUCCUUCCAUCAGCAAUGGCAUUGAAACGUGGCUGGGUCUUUCAGCAUGACAAUGAUCCCAAACACCGCCUGGGCAACAAAGGAGUGGCUUCGUAAGAAGCAUUUCAAGGUCCUGGAGUGGCUUAGCCAGUCUCCAGAUCUCAACCCCAUAGAAAAACUUUGGAGUGAGUUGAAAGUCCGUGUUGCCCAGCAACAGCCCCAAAACAUCACUGCUCUAGAGAAGAUCUGCAUGGAGGAAUGGGCCAAAAUACCAGCAACAGUGUGAAAACCUUGUGAAGACUUACAGAAAACGUUUGACCCCUGUCAUUGCCAACAAAGGGUAUAUAACAAAGUAUUGAGAUAAACUUUUGUUAUUGACCAAAUACUUAUUUUCCACCAUAAUUUGCAAAUAAAUUCAUUAAAAAUCCUACAAUGUGAUUUUCUGGAUUUCUUUUCCUCAUUUUGUCUGUUAUAGUUGAAGUGUACCUAUGAUGGAAAUUACAGGCCUCUCUCCAUCUUUUUAAGUGGUGGAACUUGCACAAUUGGUGGCUGACUAAAUAUUUUUUUUGCCCCACUGUAUAAUAUUGGCCAGUCAUGUUGUACACAACACAUUUUUUAUCUGAACAUUCAUUAAUGUUACUCCGACCUGAACGAGGCCCUGCUGCUGUACAGUAGGAUAUCCGUCCCUGACAGUAAUACUUUGUUUGAACACUUUUCUGGGUCGUAUUCACUGACAUCAAGCAGAAGAAAAUGAACCGAAACAGGGAGUGACUCCCUGAACUUACCCAAUAACAAACAUUAAUUUUCCUAUUCCAUUGCAUAACGUUUUGCUAUAGUAUGCACUAAUGAAUUUGACCCUGAUCUUAUGUGUGUGAUGUUAAGAGUAGCCUACUUGAUGUAUGCCCCUGCACCAGUGGAGGCUGCUGAGUGGAGAACGGCCCGUAAUAAUGGCUAGAACUGCGCAAAUAGAAUGGAACCAAACACAUAGAAACCAUGUGUUGGAUGGACUUGAUACCAUUCCACUAAUUCCGCUCCAGCCAUUACCAAGAGCCCGGCCUCCCUAAUUAAGUUGCCACCAACCUCCUGUGCCCUGCACAUUGAAAUGGUGCACGGUUUGAAACCCUGUCUUCUGCAGCAGGACAAUCAACCCUAAUGCGCCACUCUGCAAUACCAGAUAAGCUAAAUCUGUGGCACCGGGAUGUAAAUGUGAUGCUGUGCUCAUCUACACAGAUACAGAUUAGGUGUAUAUCGUGAGUGUGCUCAUGAUUUGCAGUUUUCUGUACUCAAGAAUUUUGGCUACCACUUAUUUGGCCAGUUUCCCAGACACAGAUUAAGCCUGGUCCUUGACUAAGAAUGAUGUUCAAUGGAGAUUCUCCAUUAACAGUAGCAGUUGAGUCCAGGACUAGGCUUGACCUGUGUCCAGGAAACCAACCAAAUAUGAAACCAUGUUUAAAUCAAUCAACAUGUAUCUGUUGUCGUUCCACGUUGUGAUGUUUGUCAUUGUUAACUCCCUUUUAUUUGUAAGCUAUCAAAAUACAUAAAGAGUCGCAAGACCUAUAUAUAACAACUCCCAGUCAUUUAUUGGGUAAAACACCAAAGUUUCGGCUGUAGCUCAGUUGGUAGAGCAUGGCGCUUGUAACGCCAGGGUAGUGGGUUCGAUUCCCGGGACCACCCAUACGUAGAAUGUAUGCACACAUGACUGUAAGUCGCUUUGGAUAAAAGCGUCUGCUAAAUGGCAUAUAUUAUUAUUAUUAUUAUUCUUCGGGGUCAUGUCAUGAAUGCUUGAACCAGGUUAUGAAGACAAACGGUGCAAUUAGUGUAACCAAUAACAAUAGUGAGGGGUGUAAAUGA